UGGAUUAUCGGAGGCAGUACAUUCAGUUACAGUCGCGCAGCUUCCCGAGUUAGAGUGAAAAUUGUGUGUGAGUUCGCGGGAAGAAUUUUUGAGAAAGCUCACAGAGUCUUCCAGAAGGCGCGAGAUGAGUCGCGGUGAUGAGUCAAAGUGGGACAAAGUGUUGCAGGAACUUGGUGAUUUUGGGGUAUUUCAGCUGAAGAACUACAUCCUCAUCUCACUUGUUGUCCUCCUGCCACCUGUCUAUGGGUUCAGCUACGUCUUCACAGCUGCCGACACCAACUACCGAUGUCGCAUUGAGGAAUGUGAACCCCCGGGGGCGCCAUUUAUGAACAAUAGAACCCUCCUUGAGCUCACAAUCCCCCAAAAUGAGGGGCGAUUCGCACGAUGUGAUCGUUUUGCCACCAUCAAUAAAACCCUCGAUACGUGCAUGAUCUCCAACAUUGAUUACAACACCACGAUGAAGUGUAGUGAUUUCAUCUAUGACACCACCAAAAGGACCAUUGUAUCCGAAUGGAAUUUAACUUGUCCUGAAAAUGAGUGGAAGCUCGCUUUUGUGGGGACAAUGGCUAAUUUUGGUCAAUUUAUCGCUCUCCCCAUUACGGGCUUUUUCUCAGAUCGUUUUGGUCGGAAGACUGCCUUUAUAAUUUCAACCCUCUGCUGUGGUCUCUGUGGCAUUAUUAAAUCCUUCUCAAGUACCUACACGAUGCUGGUGUUGUUUGAAUUCCUCGAAAUGGCCCUGGGAUCGGGAAUCUAUGCGUGUGGCUAUGUGCUCGGGAUGGAACUUGUGGGACCAAGCAAGAGAGCCUUUGGUACACUCUUCAUAAAUAGCUUCUACACCACCGGGGGUGCUAUUCUUGGCUUCGUUGCAAUAUGGCAGGAUUACUGGCGUGAUAUGCUGAGAUGGUUGUACUUCCCAUGCCUCAUAGUCGUGGCGUACUUCUGGCUCAUUCCCGAGAGUGUUCGAUGGCUGCUGACAAUGGGACGUCAAGAUGAAGCAAGUAAGAUCAUCCGGAAGGCGGCUAAGCGCAAUAAGGUGCUUCUUUCCGAGGAAACAAUUGCAAUUCUGCAUGGAAACACUCAGCCCAGCAUUCAGCCCUGCAUUCAGCAGGAUGUUAAGGUCAAUCCCAUGGGGAAGAAGAAGAAGAAAUCCUACCCAAUUGCCAGUAUUUUCAGCUCACCCGCCCUCCUUCUUCGUCUGGCCAUUUGCUCCUUUUGCUGGAUCACCAAUACCUUCGUUUACUAUGGCUUGGUCAUAAAUUCCGCCUCAUUCGGUGACAAUAUCCACACAAGCUUCAUCCUGGGGUGCUUCAUUGAGAUCCCAUCAUUCAUCUGUAGCUACCUCAUUCUCGACCGCAUUGGUAGACGAUGGACACUCUGCAGUGCAUUCCUUGUCAGUGGAACAGCCUGUCUUGCAAUCAUCUUCACACCAACAGGGUACACCGGCAUGCGGCUCCUUCUUUUCCUCUUUGGUCGCUUUGGCAUAACAAUCUCCUUCACCAGCAUCUACCUCUACACAACGGAGAUCUUCCCAACAGAGCUACGAAGUAGCUUGCUGUCUUUCUGUUCGACUGUUGGACGAAUUGGGUCUGCCAUUGCACCCCAAACGCCACUCCUGGCAAACAUUGCAAAAUCCCUCCCGAUGGUUCUCUUCUGUGGCACCGCCAUUGCAGCAUCAAUCCUCAUUCUUCAAGCACCCGAAACACUAAAUGUCAAGCUUCCGGAUACAGUGCAACAAGCUGAAAAGCUCAACAACUCCACAUCACACAACAUUCAGUGAUGCGUGGGCUAUUUAGAAAAUUUUUUAUACUAUUUUUUACUUUUAUUUGUGAUCUGUACAGCGCGAUAUUAAAUUCGUUCUAUUGUGA